CACAGCUCUAGUUUACGACGUAUAUUAAACCCAUAAUAAAGGCCGACCAAAGGCCAACCAUGAAUUAGAAAGAAGGUAUCAGAGACUUUUGGAAACAUGCGGUCCUUUUUUAUUUAGAUAUUUUCAUUAUAACUUUUUUGUCAUUUAUUUCAUUCAGAUUUGCAUCAUUCUCCGUAUUAUAUUAAGGGAUAAAACAGAAAGUAGAAUGGAGAGAACAUUUAUUGCUAAUUUUUGUUCACAUGACUGAGAUCAGCCAAGUGUCUAAUAAAAGGCUCCAUGAAAUCUUCCUUUUCUUUUACCAUAAUCGUUGCAAUCAUUUUUAUCCAAGUCUUAACGCCGUUCACUGAAGUGUAUGCGGACCAUACCGUAUGGAUACAUAACAAGGUAACUGCUGGUACAUGGACUAAUACAGCAACCGUCUUAGAAAAUAAAAAAGGGAACUUUGAUUGGCAUGGUGAUUCUGGUGCAAUUGACAUACAGGGCGAAUGGGCUCAUGUUGGUUAUAACUAGUGUAAUCUUACCCUGUGUGACUAUUAUCUAUUUUAC